AUACCCAGUCUGCUGAAAGAUGGCUCUUCCGUUAGCUACACAAGAUGAAAGCUCGAUGCAUCUAGAGAGCAACGGAAAGUCGUGCAAACGCUUACACUCGGAGUCAUACUCCCUUGAUGAACCAUCUCUGCAAUCGGCGAAGAAACAGAAACUCAGUCCUCCAGCCCGCUCUCAAUCCCCGUCCGUAUUCUGGGACAAUCUGUCCAGGAUUUGGCUGACACGCAACGCAUUAAGGGAACUUGACCGGAGGAAUUACCAGCGAACUGUUGUCGAGGAAGAGGAUUUACUAGCUCGCCGACCGGCUAAUGCCUUCCUUCGUUACUGUUCACCACAGCAUCUCAGGAAGAUCCAACGAUACGCGAGACUUGGUGGUCCUGACCUGUCGGGACUACGUGGAGUAUGUUUUUGAUUAGACUGCUUAGAGCGAAGCUAACUGUUUUUCAGUACCGAAAAUCUACCAAAUCUUUACUUCCCGGUAUGAGCUCUCGGACAUCGAGUUAUCGAAUUCGAAAACACGUAAGUGAUUCGCGAGCUUCAAGCACUUCACGGGCCUCGAGCACGUCGCGGAGUGCUUCACGGAGCACUAGACCCUCGAAAACAACAACAACUAGGAGUAGUGGACCGUACGAUCGCGAUUUUCAGCAACACCUCAUCGAUCACGGCAUUUACCCUCACGCUUACGAAUACCCGGAUGGGCGGAUACCACCGAAACCCAAUAAUUGGGGGGAUAUCAAGGAGAGAUUAGCGCGACCUCGGGCGUCUCUUUCGCCGUCUAAUUUCACUGAAGAAGCGCACGAAAAGUUCGUUCGGGCCGAUGCUAAUGCCUUCAAGGAGAAACAAGUCACAGAGUCUGUGAUCUCCAUGGUCGAGGGUGAUAAUGGAGACGUUAGAUGCGUUUCCGGCGGUGUCGCAUUUGGAAACUUCGUUUCUCUCACCGAUGGCACUUUGAAACCGGGGAACCCUGACCGCUACUACGGAGCACGACCCGAACAACUUAGACGCGACAUUCGCUCUGAGCUUAGUGGACGAAUCAAACCAUCAACGCAGGAUGACCUUCCAAUCCUACCAAAUUUUCUUCUAGCAGCAAAGGGACCCGAUGGUUCGUUGUCAGUUGCUGGAAGACAAGCCAGUUACGAUGGUGCGCUUGGUGCGCGAGCCAUGCAUACACUCCAAACAUACGAACAGGAACAACCUGAAUUUGACAAUAAUGCUUACACCAUCACAUCCAUCUAUCAUGGUGGCACGCUCAAAAUGUUCACCAGUCAUCCUUCGAAGCCAACCGAUUCAGAUCGACCUGAGUAUCAUAUGACACAAAUUAACACUUGGGGGAUGACUGGAAAUGUAGACACUUUCCGUGAAGGUGCGACUUGGUUCCGCAAUGGUCGAGAUUGGGCGAAAGAGCAACGGGACGAUGCAAUCAGGCGGGCCAACGAACACUCUACUUCGAAUGUAGUCCAGUCUACGCUCAAUGCUAGCUUUAGUACGGUUUGUGAUACGUCAAGUGAUGAGUUGAACAUGUCAAUGAGUCGAGAAUCACAUUUCUCAUUCAACCAGACGAGUAUGACGGAGAGCCUCCAUACCAAGGAAUCUAUAGAAAAGUCCAGGAGAGCUGGAAAGAACGGCCCGUAAAGCUGAUUGUCAUGUUCUGUGGCUUUUGGAGAAAGAUAUCUAUCCUAGGGUAGCCGGCUCUGAAUAGAUCUGUCAUGUAGGUUCGUCUCUUGUGUGGUCUUACUCAAAAGGAAUAGAGGUUGGACAAUAAGGUGAUACAGUUUGGUAUAUAUACCGCAACAAGAUAAUGACAAAAAAGAAUUCAACCUAUCUCAGAUUCGGGUAGCACACGGCAAGAGAAGUUAUGAGCGCCUGGCACAAAGGGCAGGGCUUGUUGAAGAGCAUCUCUCGCUUCAUAAGAUCUCGGGCACAAUCAUCACAGAUGAGGUGCCCACACUGGACGAAUAACAACCAUUUCUCCUUCUCCCCCCAGCAGACUGGACAUUCCAAACUCUUAUGGGCCUUUUGCUUGUCGAGAAGUUGUCGGAGCCUGCAAUUCUCUGAUUUCAAGGAACGUGAAUCUUUUCUGAGUCGCGCAAUCGUGUUAGAGAAUAAAUGACACAUUUCCCGGAACCUCUCCGAGCCAUGCUUUCAAUAGUUAGUGGAAAAGCAUAACAAUGUUUCAAGCCAAGACUUACGCGUUUAGAAGAACGAUUAUGAACAUCCCUUGUGCGUUUGCGACCGGUAUAUGGUCCUGGAGCAUGUUGACCCUGGGUUAUCACGUCGAACGACCGAUCAUUUGACUGACGACAAUCAUCAUGAUUCUCUUCAGUGACAAUGACGUCCGUUGCGCUCUGCGCGUGCUCACGACAUGGCUGUGCAUCAUCAUCUACGACUGCCCUGAAGCGUGUGUGAUGACAACGUUGGGGCUCCAUUAUAUCACUGAAGGGUCGAGUGCAAAGGCUGACGUGAUGGGGAGAGUGGAUAGAGAGUAGAUUGGGAGAUGAAAAGAGAAAUUCUUUCAGUCGAAGGGGGGGGAGAGGGUUUAUAUACCACCAAGACCAAUAUCACCGCUAGCAAAGUCAGGCGGACCCUGUGCUCAGCACCAGUCGUCGUUUUGCCAAUCAAGCACUACCUACGACUGGUCCUGUCUCCAGCAAUCCAAUCCAGCUCGCAUUGUAGUUGCUGAGAAGCAUCUUCAUCUAGGUGAUGAAGACCAGCCAUCCGUGCUCGCUUCUGAUCGCGACCGCUCUCUGAAAGCUUCCGUUUCAAUUUCGUGCAGAAGCGAUUCUGAAGGGAUCCUUCUGAGCGUCCAGGAAAGAAUGUAGCGAUCAUCUUCCACGGCAGGUUGUUACCUUUUAACCGCACUAGGAGCGCAUCAUCCUCCGACGAGAACGGGUCACCCUUCCGACCCUUGGACACGUAGCAGUCCUGUGUGACACUUUCGUUUCUCGAUGGUGACCAGCUCCCCUCGUCAGUGUUGAGAGAGGGAUCAAACACGGGCAAGUCUUUGUCGUCAUCGUUGCCAUGAACUGUGAGAUCGGGCACAGCUGACAACCGUUCAAUUGCGUCGUUUCGUGCCAGUGAUGAAGCUCGACCAUAUGCAGACUCCGACAAAGACUCAGUCUUCUGUUCAAAGAAGGUCAAGGUAUAAGCUAGUUGAUCGGCGUUUCCAUGAACGGUGAAGAAGCCAUGUAUUGGUAGAGGAUGAUUGUGAUCAGGUAUAUUUUGGCGAUUCGUUUCGGUCGAAUCCGUUG